AUGGCUCCAGCAAAGAAGGGUGGUGAGAAGAAGAAGGGCUCUUUUGCCAUCAAUGAGGUGGUGAUCCGAGAAUACACCAUCAGCAUUCACAAGCGCAUCCAUGGCAUGGGCUUUAAGAAGCAUGCCCCUAGGGCACUCAAACAAAUCUGGAAAUUUGCCAUGAAGGAGAUGGAAACUCCUGAUGUGCAGAUUGAUACCAGGCUCAAUAAAGCUGUCUGGGCGAAAGGAAGAAGAAAUGUUCCAUACCGUAUCCGGGUACAUUUGUCCAGAAAACAUAAUGAGGAUGAGGACUCACCAAAUAAACUCUACACAUUGGUAACUUACGUGCUUGUUAACACAUUCAAAAAUCUCUGA